AUGAAGCUUGCAGCAAUCGCACUGGUGUGCUUGGCAGUGGCCGUGGUAGCGCACGCAGAUCGCGAACCACACCGUUACCACCACCACCCAUAUCGACACUACUCCUACCACCACUACCCCCGCCACCACCAUGUCAACCCAUUGCACGCUUAUGGAGUGGCCAGCCAUCCAGCUGGCACCACCUUCGUGGCUCCUCAAGUUCACGGCCUCACAAAGCGCUCAGCUGACUCCACGCCGGAACCCAACCCGGAACCAGCAGCUGACCCGGACACCACCAAUCCUUAUAGCCAUCAAGUAAUCCACCAUGCUCAUCCCCACCAUGGAUACCAUCAUGGUUAUCGCUACCCUUACUCUGGCUACCGCCACACCAAUUUCUAUGCUUACCCUCACACAUACCACAGCCACCACAAGAGAUCAGUCGAAUCGGAACCCGAACCUCAACCUCAUUACAGCUAUCACGGACGCCCUCACUACUACAACAGAUACUAUCACGGUUACCCCCACUACUAUCCUUACUACGCCGGUUACCGCUACGGCUACAGGGGAUAA